AUGACCUCGACCCCGCAGCAAGCCCUCGAGGGCGAGCGCUUUCGACGCAAGCACCUCUCGCUAAUGCUGGGCGGCCUCGACGCAAUGACGGCCUUCAAGGCGGCGGUGGGCAGUACCCCAGGGCGCGUGCAUCCCAACGUUGUCCGGGCCACCCCAUUCUUUGCCAACCGUGGCCCAAGCCGACGCAUCGGCACCGUCGUCAACACGUACGCGCUAACCCUACGUUCCGUCAGCGACGACGAGAACCGCAAUCUUGAGAAGCUCUUCUUUGACGAGAAUGCUAUCCUGCUUCCGUCACGCCUUGCAUGCAGCGGAUGCGCAGAUGGACGAGUAAAGUGCUUUGCCCGCCGCGAGGGUACUGGAUACGUGUGCGCCGCCACCAGCGAGCCAUUUGGAGAGGACAAGGCCGUUCUGCAGUGGGUCACACAUUGGCGUGAAAGCGCACCCUACGACUACUGCGGCAGCGAAGCAGAGUGGCUGUCAGACUUGGACGAGGUCAUUGUUGGUCUGCGUCAGCACGUACCCAAGCAAGGAGAGCGGCGCUGGCCCGCCAACACCAACGCCGACCAGCUCGUUCGCGCUGGCGUCGUUGGUGAAAAGGACCUCAACCACGAUGCAGUGACACCAAAGCAGGAGGGUGAUGACAGUGAGCCACCUCGCAAGCGUCGGUACCGGUCCCCAGACUCGCGCGACCUGCUCGAGGCAGACGAGGCGUCGCUAGGUGCCAUCGCUGUCGGGAUCGAGCAGCUAGACUUCCGCAAAGCCGAACUACAGGAUAAGCAGAAGCGGCUCAAGGUAGAUCUCCGCGACCGCACCAACGAAGUGCGCCGUAUGCGCGAAGAGAUGUUGGCGCUGGGCGACAGUAAGCUCCUAUGGAACAGCGACGAGGGCAAAGGACGGGGCAAUGGGCCAUGA